CAAGUGGGGCUUAUUCCAAUUUCUUCAUCACUGGUAUCUCCCAGACUCUCUCACUACUCACAAAUUGAUCAGAUGGCAAACGAUCAAACGACGGUGCGUUUUGGUAUUCUCGGCUGCGCUCAGAUCGCCAUCAAGCUGUGCAAAGCCAUAAGCCAAGCCCCAAACGCUACUCUGGUGGCUAUAGGGAGCCGUUCCGUCGAGAAAGCUUCGCAGUUCGCUGCCGACAAUGGGUUGCCGGAGACGGUGAGGGUUUAUGGAAGCUAUGAGGGAGUGUUGGAGGACAGUGAAGUGGACGCGGUGUACAUGCCUCUUCCGACGGCGCUGCAUGUGAAGUGGGCGGUGAUGACGGCGAAGAAGCGGAAGCACGUGCUGCUGGAGAAGCCAGUGGCGAUGAACGUGUCGGAGCUCGAUCAGAUUCUGGAGGCCUGCGAGACUAACGGAGUCCAGUUCAUGGAUGGCACCAUGUGGAUGCACCACCCUCGAACGCAGAAGAUGAAGGAGGUUUUGUCCGAUGCGCACCGUUUUGGUCAGCUGAAACUGAUUCACAGCUGCGCAGCGUACAACCCAGGUCCAGAAUUUCUAACCCACAGCAUCCGAGUCAAGCCGGACCUCGACGGCCUCGGAGCCUUAGGUGAUAUCGGCUGGUACUGCAUCCGAGCCAUCCUAUGGGCCGUCGACUACGACCUGCCAGCCACAGUCCUCGCACUUCCCGGCGCCGUCAGAAACGACGCCGGAGUCAUCCUCUCGUGCGGCGCCUCCUUGCAUUGGCCCGACGGCAGACUAGCAACCUUCCACUGCUCCUUCUUGUCUUAUCUUAGCUUGGACGUCACAGCUCUGGGCACCAAGGGGUAUCUUCGUCUCCACGACUUCAUCAUCCCGUUUGACGAGAACUCCGGCUAUGGCUUCUUCUGGGAGGCAUCUCAGGUGGACUUUGGGAAGCUGGCGGCUGACGACAAGAGGUGGUGCCCGGAGGCGAAUGAGCAUAAGGUUGAGAGUGAGGAGGCUCAGGAGGUGUUGAUGGUGAUGGAGUUCAGUCGCCUGGUGGAGGCGGUGGAGAGCGGAGGAGCGACGCCGGAGAAGAGUUGGGGGGUGGUGAGUAGGAAGACUCAGGUGGUGGUGGAUGCAGUGAAGGAGUCCAUUGAAGGAGGUUACAAGACUGUUGAACUCAUAGUUAGUUAGUUAUAUUUUAGUCAAUCUCUCAUGAGCUCUUUCGGGGCAAGAAAAAAGUGGCAUGUGAAUAAAUAUGUCAGAUUUACAAAUCACAGAAAUUCAAGUGUGAUAGUGUGUUUUAGUGAAGCAGGAGAGAAAGACCAGGAGAAAUUUCGAGUGUGUGUGUGUGUACAAAGACAAAUAGGCAGAAAAUGAGGUCACGUUUCAAAAAUGUUAAUUUUGGCUAA